UCCACAGUUCCACCCGUCCUCACAAUCACUAACGUAUUAAAUACUCCCCGCAGUGAUACAUUUAGCUCUCCACCUCGCAACUUCCCAUCUUCCCACUCCACCUCGCUCUCUAUCUCUUAUCUCUCUCCUCUAUCUCUCUGAAGUAAGAAAUGGCUUUGUCUGAAGUUACAGUUUACCUCGUGGUCCUGCAAACGAUAGCUCUGCUUCAUCAACCAUGCUCGGGAGACUUUCUCUCUCCAUUCCUUUCUCCAGUCCUAAAUGGACUCUGCAAAGCUGUGUAUUGUGGUAAGGGGAUUUGCAAGGUUUCUGAGAACAGCACAUUUGGGUUCUCCUGUCAAUGCAAUCCGGGUUGGACUCAGUUACAUAUUGAAGAACAUUUCCGUUUCCUGCCUUGCCUUAUACCCAACUGUAGCAUAAAUAACUCUUGCACAAAGAUAUCUGGACCUCUUGCACUUCCACCAUUUCCAGCUCCUCCAGACAACUUCAGCCUCUUCGAUCCUUGCAAAUGGAGUUUUUGCGGUGGUGGAGAAUGCGUUCGGAGCUCAACAUUUGAGCACAGUUGUGAGUGCAAGAAAGGCUACGAUAACCUUCUCAAUGUCUCCAGCCUCCCUUGUUACAAGGAUUGUUCCAUUGGAGCAGAUUGUUCGAACCUUGGGAUCAGUAUGUCGCCAUCUUCUCAGCCCAGUCUUUCUGAUAAUGGAAAUUCAUCUGCAGCUGAUUAUAAUGCUCUGAAUAACUUGCUAUGGUUGGUGAUGUUGAUGAUUUCUCUUGCGCUGAUCUGAACGCCUUCGCUGGGUAGAAUAUGAUGAAGAUAAUUAGGUGAGUCCACGGAAACAGCUAUGUGUUCAUUCUCUAAAUAUGAAGUACUACUAAAAGGAGAGCCGAUUACAAUAUUCUUUACUGUAAAUGUUCAGACAAGAAGCAAAGUUAAUGUGUAUGAGAAAUAUAUCAUGAAAGUUGUCGAACUCUGCUAUGAGUUCAUAAGCAUUGUGCAUUGCAGAUAUAUUUAUGAAAUAGUUCUUUCAUUAUAUGACUGUAUGGAUCAAACUAUGCUAAUUUUAUUUCAUAAAACAGUUGCAGUGAGUAAAA